GACCUCGCUCUGUCUGGGCGGUGUGCACGUGCAGCUUCCCAAUGGGGGCGCGCAUGUCACGACAGUCAUUCAGAUGUAGGGGAGGAGGGCAGACAGCGCAAUAUCAGCGAUAGUGACAGGGUUAAAUCAACCCUGGUCGGCCACCUGGUGUGGAGGCCUUGCUGGGUGGGAGGAAACAUGAUCAGCGGUAAGAGCCUGCUCCUGAAGGUGAUCCUGCUGGGAGACGGUGGGGUGGGCAAGUCCUCCCUCAUGAACCGUUAUGUCACCGACCGCUUCGACUCCCAGUCCUUUCACACCAUCGGCGUGGAGUUCCUGAACCGGGACUUGGAGGUUGACGGGCGCUUGGUCACUCUUCAGAUCUGGGACACAGCAGGCCAGGAGCGAUUCAAGUCCCUCCGCACCCCCUUCUACCGAGGCGCAGACUGCUGCCUGCUCACAUUCGCUGUGAACGACCUGCAGAGCUUCCAGAACCUCGGCGGCUGGAAGAAAGAGUUCAUGUACUACUCAGAUGUGAAAGACCCUGAGCGCUUCCCUUUUGUGGUGCUCGGUAAUAAGGUGGACAUGGAUCAGAGGGAGGUGGGGGGGGAUGAAGCUCGGGCCUGGUGUGAAGAGAGCGGCUGCUGCCCGUACUUUGAGACGAGUGCUAAGGAUGACACUAAUGUCACAGCUGCGUUCGAGGCAGCUGUCAGAGAGGUGCUGGCUGCUGAGGACCAGAUUGACCAUGCACUACUGGGUAGUACUAUCGAUCUCCAUGGCAACCGCAAAACAUCUCGCAGGUCUUGCUGCUGAUUGGUCAUGUGUGAAUCCACCUUGUCUUAAUCUCUCUGGCUGAAACUCGCCUGUGGCAGUUUUGAGAGUCGGUCAGAUAUUGUUAAUGGUACAACUGUAGGUACAGGAUACUGAGAACAGUAUCCCCAGGAGGAUAAUAGUGGAUAGGGUACAGCUGCUCUGAGGAGCGCUGGCCAAGGAUUCAGCUGUUGCUAGAUUGUUGAAUUAUUGCUCCAACAAAGGUACAGGCAACCUUUAAGAGGCACACUUAUCCUUUGCACUCUCUUUUUCAGAGUCUACUUUCAGUAGUGUUGUUGCACAAAAAGAUUUUCAGCCAGCUUCAGCCGAUGCAGGAGUUGUAUCUAAUAGUGUUUACAGAGCAUUUAUUCAUCGCUGCUUAAAGCUUUAAUUUUAGCGGACGAGACAUUAUAUUAGUCCCCUUAUAAAGAGCACACAUACAUUUUCCUGAGGGACUUUGAACACAGUUUCACACUUUUGUUAUUAAAUCUUUCAGCAGAAAUAAAGAGCUAAUGUACAAACAGUGUCUAUGAGUGACAGUGUUCCUUAUACAGGCAGGUAUUGUGCAUCAGGGCUUCCAAUAUUAGUGUGAUGACCAUUAUAUGAUUUGUGGUUUGAGGAACUUAAAUAAUUUCUGCUCUCUAACACAGAGGUCUUCGAUGCGAAGGGAACUUUAAGCUUUCAUUCUGCAGCUGUGACUGUAAGCAUUUGGUACGAGCUUAUGAACAUCUGUCCAUUAUUUGUAUUACCACACUGCACCAGACAGUGUCAGGUGUACAAGUUAGGCAUUCAUUUAUUUCCCAUGAUUUGUGUACAUGGGCCUGUUUACCACAAAAGGAUCAGUGUUUCUUAUAAAAUAAUAAUAAUUUUGCUGCUGUGGUUGAUAAACUGUUUAUUUUUUCUGUGAGGCACAUUUCCGUCUUCGCACGUGUUUACUUUUUUGGUGGAAUUCUGUUUGACCAAGGGCUGAUAUGAGUCUGUUUUGUGGAUGUAUAGAGGAAGUUGUAAUUAUCAGAAUAACAAUACGUUUUACAGUUUUGGCAAGUUUGUAAUCUUGUGCUGGCUUUUUUUCUUGGCAUUUUUCUUGUAGUCUCUUUUUUUUUGUUGGAUUUAUUACAUACAAAUUGUACUUCUGUCUGUCUGGGCAUUCCAGGUCUCUGUUAAAUGUGAAAAAGCCUGAGCACAAGCCUUCUUACUAAUGUGUGCAGUGUGCAUUAUCUCUCCCGUCCAUUAGUACAGUACUGAGUGAAAAUACAACUGAGUAUUCUGACAACUUUACAUUGUUUACUUGUUUUCAGCUAGAUGGUACUUAACUUUAAUGUUUUUGAAACUGGAAAAAUAAUAUGCUGAUAUUCAAUGCUUCAAACUCAUUCUUAAACUUAGUCUGAAUGUAUUCUCACCAGUAUUUUGAUCGCUGCCUGAAUAGUAUUUUAUGCUGCGUCUACUGUUGCAUAAACUAGAUCAAAUGUCUUCAUCUGCUGAGUGCACAAAGCCGUCACUGUUCUUAUUAUAGUGCUUGCUCUCAUCUUUCUGUUUUGUUGGAGGUAUUGAGUUUUCUCUCACCUUGAGAUUUGCCUUUCAAGUAAAAAAAAAAAAGCCUCAUAUUUCAUUUGGUGAGUGUGCAGACUGAUGGUUAAAAUUACAAGAGCUUUAUUGUAAAAAUGAACAGAAUUGGGUACGGUCAUAUUUACUUAUUACAUGGUUAUUUGGUUUAAUGUAGACCUUGAAUUUGUAAUUCUCUAACUGUAAAGGUGUGUUGAGCAUUAGUAGUAGCAGUAUGAGAGAAACCUUAUGCACUGUGAUCUUAUGGUAUUUUAACAAAAUCAAACUGGUAGCAUUCAUACAUUCAAAGCAAAAGUGAUAGCUGUUAGCGUAUCAUUCGUCAGUGUUAAUGUUUCCUGGGUUGAACCGAAUACUUUGUCUCUUAACUUUACCUUUCAGUUUUUAUCCUGUUCACAUAUUGUAACCACAGUGUUUACCUGAAAUCUAACUUACCUGAGAAUCAGUGGGUACUUAAAAGCUGGUAGCAUAACCCGACAGUGUGUUGCUCUCAUGAUGCUGUCUUAUCUCACUGCAAACGUCUUGUAUUUAGUUUUUGUUUUUUGAUGUCGCUGUACUAUUUAUGAAUGUUAAACACAUUUCUUUGGGCUGUCCAAAUGAAUGGCUUAUGUAAAUUGCAAAGGGCAUUCAUUUCAUAAUAAUGUCCAUAAUGACACUGAGCGUCUGUCUCACUCAUGAGUGUGAAGGUCAGACUAUUCAUCUCGAUUAUGUGUUCAACUUCCCGCUCUCCUCUUUUUGCACUACCAAGGAAAAGGCUGGCUUGCCGACAUGCUGGCAAAACGGCAAAUACUCUCCCAUGCUUGGCUACAAAUAAAACAUGCAACAUACCAAAUGGAGACACUA